AUGUACUUGACCAGGAAUGUCCCUAUCUUCGUUUGCACUUUGGCCUACCCAACUGUGCCUUGCCCCCUCCAUGUGUUUGAACCAAGAUAUAGAUUGAUGAUUCGAAGAAGUAUAGAAACUGGAACAAAGCAAUUUGGGAUGUGUGUACAAGACCCCCAAAAUGGAUUUGCAGAUUAUGGCUGCAUGCUGUUCAUUAGAAAUCUUGACUAUCUGCCAGAUGGGCGAUCGGUUGUCGACACAAUUGGAUUAAAGAGAUUCCGAGUUAUUCGAAGAGGGAUGAAGGAUGGUUAUUGCACUGCAGACAUUGAGGAUUUAGAAGACAUAAAGGUUAAAGAUGAAGGUGAGAUGAGAAAACUCCAAGAGCUCCAUAAUAUUGUUUACAACCAGGCUUGUAGCUGGUUUCAAAGCUUAAGAAAUAAAUUUCAUAGCCAAAUACUUCAGUACUUUGGUCCAAUGCCAGAGAAGGAAGAAAACUUGCAGGAAACCGCUGAUGGACCUGCCUGGUGUUGGUGGCUUCUAGCUGUUCUUCCUGUGGAUCCUAAAUAUCAGCUUUCAGUGCUUUCUAUGAAGUCUUUGAGAGAACGCUUGAUAAAAAUUCAAGCUAUAUUAACCUAUUUUUCCAGAGACCAGUCCAAAUAAUUAAUUACCAGGACCUUAAUAUAACAGUAUGGCUGUAACUUCAGCUGAUGUUUUUUCUUGCAGAAUUUGCACUUUUAGUCCUGAUUUGAGAACUAUUAGGAAUUUUUUUUUCCUAUAUCAAUAGUUGUUCAAUUAGAAGGAUGCCAUUAAUAUUGCACGUACGCAAUCUAGCAGCAAAAUAUUUAUUUGCACUAUAUACAAAUGGAAUGUAUCAUAUUGUCAAAUUUUUCCACUGACUACUAUGGUGGAAAGCGCAAGAUUUAAAAUUUGUCAGUUCAGGUUUACAGUAUUAAAGAUGAAUUCAAAAUCUUGCAAAUCAGAAGUUGCCUCAGCUACAGCAGCACCUUGUUGCUAUUUGCACAAUUAUUUAAAUGUAUUGUCAAUUUGUAGAGCAAAGUUCUGCUUUAAGUAUUUAAUUGUAAAUUUGGCACAAUUUUAUUGUGAAAUUAUUACAUGAAUUUGGAGCCAUAUUAAAGAACAGUUGAAAAAUACUUCCAAGAAGCUGUUGCCACCGUGACUGUGUUACAUAUAUUGUGUGACUAAAAUUAGACAUAGAUGACUACUAGUAUAUGUUAUUUGGAAUCAAUUAAAAGGUUAAAUGAUCUAUUCAGUAUAUAACAAAAUUAAGCAGACAUAGCAACACUGUUGGGCCCUGAUGAUGAAACUUUUAACAGGCUUCAUGGAUUCCCAUUGAGAGGAAAAGCGUCUCAGGAAAAGGUCUCCUCUCUUGACCUCGCUUCUCUAAGAAUUAAUUUAUCUACAUCUGUUUCAUGUCUGAUGAAGCCUUCAUAGUUGGAGCAUGAGAGACAGUCAAGUGAGCUGUAUAAUUUUGAAGUAACAACCCCCUUUUUAAUAUUUUCUAAAUGUUAGAAAGUACUAACGUUGGUGGUACUGGGACAUUUUCACAGUCAGAUUUCUUCCUCCGUUUGGAUCUUUUUCUCCCAACUUUGGAUGGAAAAAAUCUAUAUUAUCCAAUACCUUCUGGAAUAUGUCUUCUCUUAAAACCCUAGGUUCGCAGUAACAAAAACCAUUUUUAAAUUUACAUAUCAAAUUACGUACAAAGUCUGCAUUUUGAAAAAUAAUCAGUAAUAUUUUUGAAUUGUUGCUGUGUCACUGUACUUUUAAAUAUAAGAUGUUCAUAUUUGGGAACUACUGAAGUGGGAUUCUUAAAAAUUAAUUUCUGGAACACAAGAAGUUUGAAAAUGCAGAUUUCCAUGCCUUAUUCAUAUCAAACUGUACUGCAAUACAGAUGACGGCAGUCUGCUUGCCAAUAGGUUCAUUUUGUAGUUUCUCAAAUGUCUGUCUUGAUUGUGAUUCAUUUUACAAAGUUAUUUGUUAAAAAUCUUGCUUUUGCUAAUAUUUAAUUUUCAAUAAACUUAAAAUUUAUAUUUUUAA